CAAACCAAAAGCCACUUGUUAACACUAUACAAUAAUGUUGGGGUCAAAGAAGAUUUCCAUUCUGGCUAUAGAUAUGAAUAUUCUUCUGUGUUUCAUUCUUUCAUUAACUACUACUAUUACUACAUCUUUCAUUAAAGAAGCAGCAUCAUCAUCAUCAGAAUUUAAUGUGAAAAGCUAUGAAGCUGAUAGAGUAAGAGAUCUUCCUGGCCAACCUUCAAGCCCAUUGGUCUCACACUUUUCAGGAUAUAUCACUGUCAAUCAAGAACAUGGGAGGGCCCUUUUUUACUGGUUCUUUGAAGCUCAAUCUGAUCCUUCCAACAAGCCUCUCCUUCUAUGGCUCAAUGGAGGACCUGGAUGCUCCUCAAUUGGGUAUGGUGCUGUAGUUGAGAUAGGACCUCUUUUAGUCAACAAAAAUGGUGAAGGACUACAAUUCAACCCAUAUUCAUGGAAUCAAGAAGCAAAUUUAUUAUUUGUGGAGUCCCCUGUUGGAGUUGGUUUCUCUUACACCAACACAUCCUCUGACCUCACUAUACUAAAGGACAGCUUUGUUGCUGAGGAUGCCUACAAUUUCUUGGUAAAUUGGCUACAAAGAUUCCCUCAGUUCAAAUCAAGGGACUUCUUUAUAUCAGGAGAAAGCUAUGCUGGCCAUUAUGUCCCUCAACUUGCAGAGCUAGUAUUUGAUCGAAAUAAGGAUAGAAACAAGUACCCUUUUAUUAAUCUUAAAGGUUUUAUUGUGGGGAAUCCAGAAACUGAUGAUUACUAUGACUACAAAGGCCUUCUAGAAUAUGCAUGGAGCCAUGCAGUUAUAUCAGAUGAACAAUAUGAGAAAGCAAAGAAAGUAUGUGAUUUCAAACAAAUUGAUUGGCCUAAGGAAUGCAAUGAGGCCAUGAACACAGUGUGGCAAGAUUACUCAGAAAUUGACAUAUACAACAUUUAUGCCCCUAAAUGUACUCUAAAUAGCAGCACUUCCUCAUUAUUAUUAGAUGAUGAUGAUGAAAUUGAGACCAAGAGAAUGAGAAUUUUUGGUGGCUAUGAUCCUUGUUAUUCCACAUAUGCAGAACAAUAUUUCAAUAAGAUAGAUGUUCAAUCAUCUUUUCAUGCUAAUAUUAGAGGAGAAAACACAAACACUACUAGUGUAACAUGGAAGGUUUGCAACGAUUCCAUAUUGAGGACUUACAACUUCUCUGUAUUUUCGAUCCUACCCAUCUACACCAAACUCAUCAAGGGUGGGCUUAAGAUAUGGGUUUACAGUGGAGAUGCAGAUGGAAGAGUACCUGUGAUAGGUACACGGUACUGCAUUGAGGCCCUUAAUUUACCUCUAAAGACUACUUGGCGUACUUGGUACCAUCAAAAUCAGGUGGGAGGAAGAAUAGUGGAGUAUGAAGGGGUGACAUAUGUGACAGUGAGAGGGGCAGGUCACUUGGUGCCUCUAAACAAACCCAAUGAAGCUCUCUCUCUCAUUCAUUCCUUUCUAACAGGGGACCAUCUUCCUACUCGCUAAUUUUCAUUUUCAGUCAAAUCAUUAAUCACCACCAUCUUGGUUUAUUUUCCUUGAUUAGGAAAUCAUUACUUUAUUACUAUGCAUGCACUCAAAUAAUACAAAUUCAAAAUCAUGAUUGAUAUCACAAUUUAAUGGUCUAAAACUAUACUGCAGUUGCAGUUUGUUUAGUUUAGUAGAUGAUAAAGACCUUAUGUAUGCAGAUAUUUGGACUCGAAAAUAAAAUCAUUUCCUGUAUGCAGAGUUUGGAAACAA